GCGUUUUUUCCGGCUGAUUCGGCCGCAGUGGGAGGCGUUGAAGGGCGUGGACGACCUGGUGUCAUUCCGGGACUUUGUGAAGCUGGUGGGCAUGGUGUUCAGGGAGCGGCGGUGGAACAUGGACCGCCACAUUGCGCUACAGAGGGACGUGUGUGCGCUGGGACUGAUCAAGUACGACUUUGUGGGGCGGUUUGAGAAUCUGGAGGAGGACGCCAAGCAUGUGGUGAACCGAUUCGGAGGCAAGCAUUUCGACAUCUUCAGCUUGGGGCUCAACGCGCACCAGACCAAGUCUGACAAGAAGCUCGUCGAGACGUAUGACAAGGAAACAUACGAGAUGGUGAAGAAGAUAUACGCACUGGACCUAGAAGUCCCCUUCAACAACAUUUCCUACACGGCGCCCAAGCCUCUGUAUGACCGGUUCGAGUCAAAUGAAGUCUGAACCAGACAACCAACCAAGCAUCUAACAAUACGGUGAUGCAGGGGGUGCCAACUGCUCAAUGCAGCGGCCUUGGCACAGGCAGUGACCUCUCACCACCAGCACUUCAGCUUAGAUUACAGUAGUGGAAUGGAUUGAAUUAGUAACCAAAUGAGCAUGGCCAAAUGAGCCGUGUGUUAGAAUAGAAUGCUAGAAUGACUAGAAUGAGAGAGUGCAAGGGAAUAUAGGCUAGUGUGUUGU